GCGAGCAGAGAGUGAUCAAUAAAUAAAUCACUUAUACUAGGUCUCAGUCAACAUUCAGAUUUCGCAGCCUCUUAACGCGGUCCCCUGCUGCUUUUUUAAUCCACCUCGUCUUUUAUAAUUGCAAAGACAUGUCGACGGCAGCUUUGGGGGUAAGUGCUCUUUUUAUGGUGGGAUGCUGUGCGAUCGCCCAGAUUGCUCGAGUUGUCAGCCGCCGAGUGGUGACCCGUGAGGGGCUGGUUCCGAUCCUGAUCAAUGAGGCAAUCGCCGCUGCCGAGCUAUGCGCCUGCUGCUUUGAACUGAUCAUUGUGGCCGACAACUUCGGAGUGUCUAUGUACGCCGUCUGCCUGUUCCUGCUGACCAUCUGGUGGGGUCGCGUAUGGGGCGACGCCUCCGCCUGCCCGUACACCCACAUGGAGGACGUGGUCGAGGGUCGCACCAGCUUCAAGGAGAUGGCCCUGCGCAGUUGGGCCGAGCUGAUGGGCGGCUGCUGUGUGUACCGGGUGGUGCAGCUCUUCUGGUGGCUGGAGCUGGCCGAGACUCACCGCGGACGGGCCUUUGAGGCCUGCAACGCCGACUUGCAGGUCAGCCCAUAUUUGGGCGCGGUCAUCGAGGGCGUGGCCACGUUACUCUGCCGCCUGGCCUCGAAGACGAUCAGCGAAAAGGAGCCGCGGUUCGGGAGCUACAUUGAUUCCUUCAUUGGCACCAGUUUGGUGGUCGCAGCCUUCAACUUCUCCGGCGGAUACUUCAAUCCCGUACUGGCCACGGCCCUCAAAUGGGGCUGUCGCGGACACAGCCACCUGGAACACAUCAUCGUUUACUGGAUUGGCGCAUGUGCCGGUGCCGUGCUCUCCAUUCCGGUUUUCAGGAUCCCCGCAGUGCGCCGCAUUCUACUCGGCGAAGAGGCGGGCUCGAAGUCGAAACAGGAAUAAGACCAUUGGGAAGCUUUUGUAUCUGUCAAUGCCUGGAAAGAUGAAGAGCUCUGGGCAUGUCUGCUCGGGAGCAAAGUGUUACCCUGUUUGUCCCAUAGUCAUGGGCUCCGAAAGAUACCCGCUCACCCACAGGCCUUAGAAGACUUAUUUAAAACACACUUCUGAGCGUGGUUCAAAUCUGAAAUACUUAGUCAUAUUAGUAUAUUAUGUUGAGGCUAAAUUUGUUAGAAGGUUUGAUGGAAUUGAGUCGGAAAUAAAUUUAGUUAAAUUUUUAAGUA